CCCCACGGCAGGACUACGUGAUAAGGCACAAUCCCUGACGGAUUCCUAGAGCUUUACCAUCAUCCGUUUGUCGCGCGCCGUCUGUCUGAUCCGGUCCCUGAGUUGCUGCCCUUUGUUGAAUGAACGCACGUUAGCAAUUGACUCUCCGGCGGCAAUCAGGAGGAGUCCGUCUCUUGCACGAAAAGCAGAGAAGUCCAGAUCAAAAGCUUUCGCUCGCUCCCACCUUCAAAAUUUGAAGGAGCGAAAGAGAUCAGAGAGACUGGAGGAGAUCAGAGAGACUGGAGGAGAUCAGGAGCCGUGUCGAUCAUGGCUCUUCUCAUGCUGGUUCUGUUGCUGUUCCAAACCGCUGCCUCCAUGGCGGAGUCUUUCGUCUUCCAUGGCUUCAAAGGAGCCAACCUCACCUUAGACGGAAUGGCCGCCAUUAGUUCCAAUGGCCUUCUUCGCCUCACGAGCGAUUCUCACGUCGAGGAUAUGGGCCACGGCUUCUACCCUCUUCCCAUUCGCUUCAAAGAUUCUUCUUCUGCAAGUAGUGCCACAGUUACCUCCUUCAGCACCCGUUUCGUCUUCGCCAUCACCAGCCAAGCCCCUAGCUGUCACGGCUUGGCCUUCGCCCUCUCCCCCACCGACGGCAUCGUCGGCGGGGCGGUCAACAACUUCCUCGGCCUCUUCAACAACUCCAACCUCGGCAAUUCCUCUAACCACAUACUCGCUGUCGAGUUUGACACCUGCAAGGACCCCAUGUUCAAGGACAUCAACGACAACCAUGUCGGUAUCGACAUCAACUCUUUGAUUUCUGUCUCUGCCGCUCCUGCUGCCUACCUUGCAGCGAACAAUUCAAACGAGACCAUCAUCCUGCAAAGCGGCUUUCCGAUCUUCGCUUGGAUAGACUACCAGAAUGAUCAGCAGCUCCUCAACGUCAGUAUUUCACCAUCGACAGAACCUGUGAAGCCAAGCCGGCCUCUGCUUUCUCAACCUCUCAAUCUCUCCUCUGUUCUCGAAGACUUCAUGUAUGUUGGCUUCUCUUCUGGAGUUGGAAAACUCUCCGGCAAUCACUAUAUCAUGGGAUGGAGCUUCUCCACCGAUGGAGAAGCUCAAUCUCUUUAUCUCUCCCAACUCCCUUCCCUUCCCGUUCCAAAUGACAAAGCAAGACAAAAGAAGUACGUGAUCAUAGCCUCUGUUAUAGCAGUAGUGUUCAUGAUCGUUGUCUCGACAGCCUGUUCGUAUGUGGCUUAUAAAAUGCAGAAGAAGAAGAAGGAAAAGCUUGCUGAUAUCAUGGAAGUUUGGGAACUAGACUACCCACAUAGAUUUUCGUAUAGGACACUCUAUAAAGCCACUGACGGGUUCAAAGAGAAGGGGCUUUUGGGUACUGGUGGUUUUGGUAGCGUGUACAAAGGCGUCAUGCCAGGAACUUCGACCCAAGUUGCAGUGAAGAGGAUCUCCCACAAUGGGAAACAGGGACUGAGAGAGUUCGUAGCAGAGGUCGCCAGCUUAGGGAGAGUGACUCACAGAAGCCUUGUUCGACUGCAAGGGUGGUGUAGAAGACAGGAUGAGCUCCUUCUUGUGUAUGAUUUCAUGCCAAAUGGUAGUCUCGAUGAGUUUCUCUUUGAUGAUACAAAAGCGGCAACCUUGAAUUGGGAACUGAGGAUGAGGAUCCUCAAGGGGAUUGCUGAUGGGCUGCUGUAUCUUCACAAAGGGUGGGAGCAGGUGGUGGUGCAUAGGGAUGUGAAGGCCAGCAACGUCCUCUUAGAUGGCGAAAUGAACGCAAGGUUGGGAGAUUUCGGGCUUGCUAGACUUCACGAGCACGGCCAGAAUCCGCAGACGACCGGCGUCAUGGGCACCGUAGGCUACCUUGCGCCGGAACUGUACAGAACAGGGAAGGCCACAGUUUCUGCAGAUGUAUUCGCCUAUGGCGCCUUGCUUCUUGAGGUGGUGUGCGGGAAGAGGCCGAUUCAUACAUGGAGAGGUGGCAAUGGUGGAGAAGAGGAGGAGAUAAUUUUGGCUGAGUGGGUGCUCGAGUGGUGGCAGAAGGGGGACAUUACUGCGGCUGUGGACGGGAGGCUAGAGGGGAGGUACGGGAAGGAGGAGGCUGAGUUGAUGCUGAAACUUGGCCUGCUGUGCUCGCAGGCGGUGCCCGGGGCGAGGCCUACAAUGCGUCAAGUGGUUCAAUUCCUCAACGGUGAGGCCUCGAUACACAAGUCGAUGGGCUUGCCGGGUUCAGUGUUCUACGAAGACGACGGAGCGGAGCACAAAGGUCUCCCUUCCUUCAGAUCUAUGCAGUCUGACUACGACGAAUCCGAUUGAUUCUGCUUGUUAAUCUGCUUGACUCCAUGGUCUUAGAUAUAUAUGGUCCAUGAAUGGAGCUUUGGGGCUAGGAAGAUCACUUCCACCGAAGCCUUUUUCCUUCUUCCUUUGUUUUGGAAAUUUCCUGCACAAAUGCUUAGUUGAAUAGAUUGAGAGGGUGAGGAAGGGAGAGAGAAUCUGCUUAUAUUGUUGACAUUUCGUCUGAUAGUAAGUAUGAAAUUUACUUCUAUGAAUUGACUACUCCCACAGAAGUGGUGGCCCGAUUUA